AUGCCUCACUCACUCACGGAACUACCGGAUACCACCAAAUCCUACGGCGACUUUCGAGAUGACUUAUUCAGAGACGGCUUCGUUGUCAUCAAGGAAGCGAUUUCAGAAGACAGCGCAGAAAAGUACAAAGACUCCAUGAUCCAAUGGCUUGAGACAUUUCCACUCGGAUUCGACCGUCACAACCCAGACACAUGGACGGAAGAGAAUCUACCCGCCCAUUGGAAGGGAGGAAUGUAUCAUGGAUAUUCAGUCGCUCAUGAGAAAUUCGUUUGGGAUGCGAGACAAGAACCAGGAGUCCUCGACGCAUUCAAGACAAUCUGGGGAACAGACGAACUACUAUCCUCAUUCGACGGUAUAAACCUUACCCUCCCUCCUCCCGGACCUUCGCCAGGCCCGGGUACGCCAUGGGAGCACGUUGACCAAAGCCCUCACCUAAAAGGAAUCCAGUGUAUCCAAGGCAUCUUAAACUUAUGUCCGAACGGAAACGUGGACGGUGGAUUGAUGGUGCUGAAAGGCUCGCAUGUGCUCAACGAAAAGUUCUUCAAGAUCCACGGCACAGAGAAGAAAGCUGAGUGGGGUGUGGUCCCGGAUGAUUGGCAUGGAUUUAAUGCGGAAGAGAGAAAAUGGUUUGAAGAGAAUGGCGCGGUGGAGGUGAAGGUGAAUUGUGGUCCGGGCGACCUUAUACUCUGGGAUAGUCGGUUGGUCCACUGGAACGUUCGUCCUGUGAGCAAGCAGACAAGAGCUCUGUUCUACGUCUGCUACACACCCGCAUCUUUCUCAUCGAAAGAAGAACUGGCGAAGAAGAAGCAAAUAUUCGAGGCAAGAGAGCGUACGACCCAUUGGCCUCACAGAAACUUUUGGAAGGCAGAUAAGAUUCAGAGAUUCGGGAAGGCCGAUCUACUGCAUCGUGACAGACCUUCCACCGAGCCGGAACUGACGGACAAACUUCUUAAACUCGCAGGUGCUAAACCAUAUUGCACAGAGGUCGAGGCGUAG